GAGUUUGCGCUUAUAAACAAAAUAUUUCUAGCACAGUACAUUACGCCGUCUUAAUAAAUUUGUUAAUGUCGUGUUUUUUUUAUUUUGACGUAUCUGAAGUACAAAAAGUAUUUUUUUCUUAAUAUUUUUUGGGUGUGAUAAAGGUGAACAUUCCGUAAGAAAGUCUUGUAGCAUGUCGGCUUCCCCUGAUUAUUGUCGAAGCUCGCCGGAUUACAAAGAAAGAACGAAAUCACGUUCUCGAUCUCCACAUUACAGACGCCAUAAUGGACACAGAUCUCCUUCGCAUCAUAGUACACGUAAAUCAUAUUACCAAGAUAGUGACAGCGAUCGCGAAUAUGGGCGAAGAGAUUUAGAUUCGUCUUGGGAACACAAAAGCAGUAGAAGGACAAGAUCGAGAAGCAGAGAUCGUGAUCGAUAUCAUAAAGAUAGAGAUUAUGAUUCACACAAAGAUAGGGACUACCACAGACGAUCGAGAAGUAGCAGCAGAUGGGAACGGAAAUCGGAAGAGAGAAAAGCUCGUGAUCGGGACAGAUCUUACCGGGAUGAUGAUAGGGAUAGUGUAGAUAGUGAACGUAGUCCAAAUGGGGCCGUUAUUGGUGCUAGCGGAUCCGAAAUCAUUGGUUACAAAAGCCAGCCACCUAAUAACACAAUUAUGAUUAGAGGAUUAGCGCAGCACAUAACAGAAAACGAUAUCCGACAAGAUAUUAUUCAAUGUGGAUUGAUGCCAAAGGAUAUUCGCCUAAUCAGGAAAAAAGACACAGGUGCAUCACGCGGUUUCGCCUUUGUCGAGUUUUCUACCCUGGCGGAGGCCACUCGGUGGAUGGAGAUGAAACAGGGCGUAUUGAUGCUGCAAGACCAGUAUCGCGCAAUUAUGCAAUACAGCAUUCCCAAAGAGCUUUGCCAAAACUCGGAAAAGCCACCGUCACAUAAGGCUUCCUCGGACUGGUUUUGCAUUAAGUGUGGAGCACAGAAUUUUAAGCGCCGCGACAAUUGCUUCAAAUGCCAUGCGUCACGUAUGGAGAGCGAAGAGGGUGGUAGCGGUAGCGACGAAAUUUGCAACUAUGUCACAAAAACAAUAAUGCUUCGCAAUUUAGAUGCCUUAACCACAGAAGAUUCCGUUAUGCAAGUUUUAACGUGCACUAUUCCCGAAAUGGUUAAGCACGUUUCUGGGGUGUGCAUCGGACGCGAUCCUCUUACAUCGACGUCACGGGGUAUUUGCUAUCUGGGGACCGAGAGUACAGUGGACGCUCUAGCGUUAUACGGAGCGUUGACAAAUCUUAAUCCUCCUCUAACGAUUGAUGGCAAAACAGUGAUCAUGUCCUACUGUAAAUACAAUAUGGGAGACACCAAAAAAUCACACGAUCAAGCAAUAAGUGCGGCCUUUCCUAAUGCUAGCCAACCUAGCAUGUAUACGUUAAAUGACGUCGAUAGUUUAGCUGAAUACUCGGCGAGUCGCUACGCAAAAAGUGUCGUGGAAUAUCAACAAUACUACGAGUACUACAAGAGCUAUUUUACACAGCAGAUUACAGCUGGAAAUUCCAUAACACUGCACCAAGACAACCAAAUGGAUGCGGCGAAUGCUGCUGCUGCUGUCGCUCAAUCAGCCAUACAACAAAUGCACGCCAAUAAAAAUUUCUAUGACACUACGCAUAUUGCUGUUCCUACUGGUUCCGAUGGGAAACGAUAUCCGAUUCCGGAUGUGUCUAAAUUUACGUAUGACAAAAGCAGUGGCUACCAUUACGAUUGCUCGACUGGCUUAUACUACGAUCCAAAUUCCUCAUACUAUUGGAACACAGUUAUUCAAAAGUAUUUAUAUUAUGACCACGAGAAGCUAACUUAUUUGCUAGCUCCCUUAACUGCGUACGACUACUCUGGAAUACAGCACACAGCGGAAAUGUCUGCCGAACCAGAAGCGAAGAAGUUAAAACCGGAAAAGCAGGACAAAGUGAAGGUUGCCAAGAAGAUUGCCAAAGAUAUGGAACGCUGGGCGAAAACACUGAAUCAAAAGAAAGAAUCUGCGGUGUACCGGACUAAUAUUGAGGGUAACUUCAAUCCGCAAGGGCUAGUUGGAUCUGCGGAUAUCGGUUAUUCGGUGUUGGAGAAGAAGAACGGAACGCCAGCCUUAAUCAAUUGUCCGCCUACUAUUCAACCUGAAACUACUGUCGAUAUAGUUCAAUCUACUCCGUUGGUUGCGGCAUAUGGAGAGAGCGAAUCGUCCGAGGAUGAAGCCCCAAAUGAAGAAUUGGACUUCUUAGAUUUUACUAAAUUAAUUUGCAACUUAUGUAAGCGCCAAUUAACCUCCGUUGAAGCUUUAACAAAACAUGCCAAAUUAUCCGAUUUACAUAAAAAGAAUCUAGAGCUCAGGAAAUGUAGUACAAAGAAAGUCGACAGCGAACAUUCUAAAAUUGUAUAUCGCGAUAGAGCAAAAGAACGCCGAAUGAAGUACGGUGAUACCGAUGAACCGCAACCCAGCAAGUUAAAAGAAAAAUACUUGAAAGCGAGAGAGUUAGUCGACUUACCUGUUACGUCUUCAGUCGCUGAACCUAUCGGAUCAGAGAAUGUAGGCAAUCGGUUAUUGCAGAAAAUGGGUUGGACUGAAGGUCAAGGUUUAGGAAAAGCGAAUCAAGGGCGUACCACUAUAAUCCAGGCGGAACAACGUAAUAGUACCGUGGGUUUGGGUAAUAAGUCUGCAUAUACAGCAGUUGCAGGAGAGUCAUAUAAGGACUGUGUUAAAAAAAUGAUGUACGCCAGGUACCAAGAACUCACAGACAAACCGUAAAUUUAGUGGUAGUGUCUAAACGCAAUGGAGGCAUCUGGAGGAGGAUUUGCCCACCACCGUCCUUCGAUACAUUAUUUUUUGUAUUCUUCCUUUUUUGAUAUCAUGUUUUGUCAAACAGAGUGCUUUUUGAGUUUAAAUUUUUUUUUAGUUUUAAGGUACCAUAAUUAUGUUCUCUUGCAUUUAUAUGAACCACCUACCAUUGUUAUCAUCCUUUUGAUUCGUUUUGAUCAGUUGUUAAAAAAAAACAUGUAAGUUCUAUGUAAUAUAAGUAAAUUUUUAUGCAGUUUCUAA